AUGCGCAAACGGACGCGCGCCAGCCUAGCCAGCCUUCGCCCCUCUCAAGGUCGCGCCACUACCUCUAGUCUGGACAUUAGCCACGUGAUUGGCUACUGCAACAAAGCAUGCGCCGGUCAUCUGGCUAUUCCCGACGCUGUCAUCACUCCGGAAUUGAUGCAUUGGCAGCCGGACUGCGGUCAUCCGAGAGUCAAAACUCUUUCCAUCUAUUCUCUUAUCCUUCUGCAAAAUACCCUAUUCCUCACAAUCUGGCUUUCCCACCGCCUUCUCUCCUCACCUAAAGGAACCAUGGGCCUGGAAGAUCUUAGCGGUUAG